AUGGACAGCUGGACAGCACCCGACUUCCUCUCUGACCAGGCCGGCCAGGACUACCUCGCGAGCCUCGCCAGCUUCCUCGACAACAGCAAGAGCGAUAUCGCGGUCCCGUACCUCAAUCCGCAGACCGCCCUCGCCCCGCUCGGCAGCGCCAACGACCCUUCCUCCCCCGAGGACCUCACGUCUGACUCGGCGUCCCCGGCCUCGAGCGACGGCGCCAACUCGACCAGCGCCGCGACCGCCUCGGGCUCGACCGCGACCGCACCUCCACCGCUCACCGCCUCGCGUGGCCGUCGCUCGUCCCCCGUCCGCUCCACCCCGGCCGGCACGUCGACCCCGGCGCCUGCCCACGACAAGCGCAAGAACGGCGCGUCGGCCGCCGGCGCCGUCAAGGACCGCAAGGGCGCCAACCAGGCCCAGGGUCACCACUCGCACCCGACCGGCGAGGACGGCGAGUUUGCGCGCAGCGAGUCGCCCGAGGACGGCAAGGGCAACAAGGGCAAGACGUCCGAGCGUCGCAAGGCGCAGAACCGCCAGGCGCAGCGCAACUUCCGCGAGCGCAAAGAGAAGCACCUCAAGGAGCUCGAGGAGCGUGUCGUGUCGCUCGAGCAGCGCACGCAGGAUCAGGACGCCGAGAACGCGGCGCUCAAGCAGCUCCUCGAGAACCUGCAGAACGAGAACGAGCGCCUCAAGGUGUACGAGUCGACGUUCACGUUCGACUACACCAAGGACGUGAGCGGGUCCAACGCCAUGCCGCAGGCGCCCUCGUUCAAGCCGCCGUCGCCGCCCGUGUCGCAGGACGGCCUCGACGAGGGCAACUCGAGCUUCAAGUUUGACACGGCGAGCCUCCUCGGCGCGUCGACGUCGUCGCUCUCGGGCGCGCCCCUGUUUGCGACCGCGCCGGCCUACUCGCUCCCGCCCUCGACCUCGUCCCUGUCGUCAUCGACGAGUGCCGCCGCCGCCCCGGGUCUCGCGACCGCCACGAGCCUCGACGACCCGCUCUUCCUCGGCGCGUUCAGCGCCUCGCCCGCGUCGGGCGUCUCGGCCCAGUCGCCGCUCGCGCCCGGCCCUUCACCGGGCACGUCGACCGACCUCUUCAUGGCGUACCGCGACCCGCUCGCCGAGCUCGGGACCCAGCCCGCGCCCCUGUCGACCUUUAGCGACUUUGACGCCCUGUUUGCGUCGACGCCCAUGCCCCCUGCCCCGGCGGCCGCGGCGUCGUCCGGCGCGCGUUCGCUCGCGUCGACGACGGGCACCAACACGGCGCCGACGAGCCCCGAGGACCCGCUCGCGGCCUACUUCAACGCGUCGCCAUCGCCGCUCGGUGGACCGCCGUCGUCGUCGACGGGCACGGCGCCGUCACCCGGGUCGUUCUUCACCGGCGGCCUGGCGCCCAGGGUCGGCUCGGCGUCGGCGUCGCCGGCGGCGGCUAACGUCAGGGCGUACGAGGCCGGCUGCCCGCUCUUGACCGGCGGCGACAAGUACGAGUUUGACGUCGACGGCCUGUGCUCCGAGAUGAAGCUCAAGGCGACGUGCCAGGAGGCGGCGAGGCAGGCGCUCAAGUCGGCCAUGGCCGAGGACGCGGCGGCGAGCCGCAAGGCGUACCCGUCGCAACUCUGA